AUGGGUGACUGUCCACGUAUAACAACUUGUAUAGGAUAUAAGUAUGGAGUAACAAGACCAAUUUCCUUAAAGACAGGAAGUAUAAUAGAUUUACAUAAGAGUGUAGAAUUGGUAAGAAUAUUAAGAUAUUCAGGUGUAUACGAGACAGCAGCAGGAGCAAGAGAGAAAGAAAUUGUAUUAGGGGAAUUAAAUAAAUUAUUAAGAGAUUGGAUAAUAGAGUGUGGUAUAGAACAAGGAUUAGAUCCUACAGAGGCUAGAUAUACAGGAGGAAAAAUAUUCACAUUUGGGUCAUACCGUUUAGGUGUAUGUACACCUGGUAGUGAUAUAGAUGCAUUAUGUGUAUGUCCUAAACAUAUUACACGUGAUUUAUUUUUUUCUUCUUUUUUUCUUAAAUUACAACAAGAUAAUCGUAUAAAAAAAAUAACACCUGUACCUGAUGCCUAUACACCUGUAUUAAAGUUUACAUUCUCUGGUGUAGAUAUAGACUUAUUAUUUGCACGUUUAUAUCUACGGUGUAUACCCACCUCAUGGAUAGGUCUAUAUAAAGAUAAUGAUAUAUUACGUCAUACUGAUGAGAAAACAGCAAGAAGUCUUAAUGGUAGUAGGGUAGCAGAUAUGUUAUUAACAUUAGUACCUAAUAAAUUAGUAUUUAAGACAAGUUUACGAUUUAUUAAACAAUGGGCAAAAAGUAGGGGUAUAUAUAGUAAUGUAAUGGGUUAUCUUGGUGGUAUAAGUUGGGCUAUUCUUGUUGCUAGAUGUUGCCAAUUAUAUCCUAAUUUCCCUCCUUCUCUUAUUAUACAAAGAUUCUUUACUGUAUAUACACAAUGGCAAUGGAGUAGAAGUCCUGUUGUUCUAUGCAAAAUACAAGAAUCACAAACUGUUAAGGGAGUACCUGAAUUCAAAGUAUGGAACCCACAGCUAUAUGUACAGGAUCGUCAUCAUUUAUUGAAGAUAAUAACACCAGCAUUUCCUGCUAUGAAUUCAACACAUAAUGUAUCCCAUUCAACAAAGAGAGUUAUUUCUGAGGAAUUAGAGGCAGCAGCUAAGAGAUUUGGUGCAUGGGCAGCAGCAGCAGCAGCAGGUAAUAAUAAUAAUACAUCAAUAGCAGGAGGUUCAACAGCAGCAACAGCAGCAGCAGCAGCAGCAGCAACACCAACAGCAGCAACAGCAGCAACAGCAGCAACAACAACAAAAGAGCCACAGACACUACAGGCAUGGAGGGAAGUAUUGUUGGAUGUCUUAACGCCUGUUGAUUAUUUGGCGGUAUUCAAACAUUUCUUAGAAUUACAAGUCUUAGCCAAAUCAGAGGCUGUUCAACGUAAGUGGCGAGGAUGGGUUGAAUCGAAGGUGCGGCAUUUAGUUCGUUCCUUAGAGCGACUGAGCCACGGCAGCAGCAGCAGCAGCAGCAGCUUCAACAGCAGCAACAACGCCAGAGACCUACAAAUGACUAUUAGGCCUCUUCCUCUUAUAUUUCCUUCCCAGGAUCCUGAAUGGUCUGAGAGUUCUUCGAUGUUAAUUGCCUUGACCUUCGCGACUCCCAAGGCUGGAGAAGCGGUCUGCGAUUUGCGACCUGCUAUCGCGGAGUUUGUGGAGUUAAUAAAUGGCUGGCCGGAGAGGCCAAAGCUGAUAGGGUCAAUUCAACUUCGAGUUCGCCAUUUGCGUCGAUCGCAAUUAUCGAAUGAAAUAAUUCAAACUCUUCAGAAACCAGUUAAGGAGCAUCAGCAACUUGUUGCACAGCUUACUCCUGCUGCUGCUCCUGUUCCUGCUGCUGUUCCUGCUGCUGCUUUUGCUGUUGCUGCUGCUCCUGCUGCAGCUAAUGCUGCUGGUAGUGGUAGUGGUGGUGGUGGUGGUGGUAGUGUAGAAGGGGAAUUGGAUUUCGAUCCCACUGCUGAUCUAGAGGCAACAGUGGGGAAUGGCAGUAUCCUGCAGCAGCAGCAACAACAACAACAGCAGCAGCAGCAGGGGAUGCCACUGCAGCGGGCAGAUAGUGCCAAGAGGAAAGCAGCGAGUGAUGGAUUGGAUGGAGGUGCAGCAGCAGCAGCAACACCAAGUCAAAGACAAAGAAUCUAA